AUGGGUGCGGCAGACCGUGCCAGUUGGUUAGGGCAGAUACAGAAAGACAGGGCUAGACGCCUUGAAUUGGAUGUAGCAGAGACCGAUCUACGCCGCAGAAGACCUCAUGUGGACCUGCAAGAUGACGAUAAUCUCGAAGAAAACCGUGAGCCUCCCCCUGAGGUCAAAUCACUCAUCGACAUAUUUCCGGGUGUCUCCGCCGCCCUUCUUAUCCGCGUCUUCGAGAGGAAGUUGAAGGCGACUGAACUUAUACGCUUCAAAGAGAAGUCAGUCACCGAGCUAGAUCAGGAGGAUAGAGUCUUCAAAAUGACCGAAUCGGGAGGCACAGUGGGCUUCAAGAAGGCAGCAGCGUCGCUUAAGGACUGGGGCCCUAACUCUCAGAUAUGGACGACUUGCUUUCUUGCCUAUCUGGCCGUUGUAGGGUACCUCUUCGGCGAGAAACAUCCUAAGGCAAUUCCCAACCUCCUCAUGUUUAUGAGACAGAUCCUGGACUUCGCUCAGACUUAUCAGUGGUCGGAAGCAGUUCUCCUACUUGCCCUUAAUUUCCACUAA